AUGGCUGCUGUCAGUGGCAGAGAUCCUGCACCCAGAGAGAAAAAAAAAGGGUGGAAGAUACAGCCAAAAGACUUCAAAAGAAAUUAUUUGCCUGACCAGCAUCCACACGUUGUGUACCUGCUCUAUGAAAUCAGGUGGAGAAAUGGUUCCAUCUGGAGGAAUUGGUUCUCAAACAAUCAUAAUCAACAUGCUGAAGUCAACUUCUUGGAAAAUUGUUUCAGUGCUGUGCCACCAGCUCCUUGUUCCAUCACCUGGUUCCUUUCAACUACUCCCUGUGGAAAGUGCUCCAGGAGAAUUCUGGAGUUCCUGAGGACAUAUCGUAAUGUGACCUUGGAAAUAUACGCAGCCAAGCUGUUCAGGCACCAGGAUAUCCGCAACCGGCAAGGUCUCUGCAACCUGGUGAUGAAUAGAGUCACUAUACGUAUCAUGAACCUUGCAGAUUACAGUUACUGCUGGAGAAAGUUUGUUGCAUACCAACAUGGAGAAGACGAUUACUAUCCCCAGAACUUCGCUGCAUACAUCUUUCUGAAUUGGAGAGAGCUUGGUCAUAUCUUUUUGGGUCUUCCUCCAUUGCUGCCGAACUGAAUACUAACAAGCAUCACCACCAUGCUUUCAAGCUUGUUUUGUACAUCAAUAAAAGACCAGAAAAGCCACUCCCCAGCAAUCAUUUCUGCUGCAGCCUUGAUGAGUUUCAUGCUGCCACCAGAGAAGGCUCUUAUCACUGUCUGAACAUUGUUAAGUAGUGGACAGAGCAGAAGGAGCACAUGAGAAGCCGUUAGGAAGUUCAGAUGAUGCAGCCAGGCAUCCAGGACACAGUUCUCUGGGUCUUUAUAAGGUUUCCUGAGAGUCCAGUGGGGAUGAAGACCAUCUCCUGUAAUCAGGUUUUUCACAUCUGCCUAUUCUGCAAUCAGAUUCUGGGAGAACCCUCUUGAGAGGUCAGCAAGCAACAUUUUUCAUGCUCCAGUCUGUUCCAAAGAAGUAAUCAGAGCCAUGCAUUGUUGUUUUGAGAAUUUCUUAUGAAGAUCACUCCUAUGGAUACGUGUUUAUAUAUUUCUGCAAAUACUUCAGGCUAUUACAGUAUUUAUGCAAUUCUGUUAUAUCUCACUUUAAGUUUUUAUUCUC